AUGGCACCUCUUACCCGUGCAGCUGCAAAGAGGAAGCGCAGUCUCUCUCUCUCGCCAUUCCAGGAACUACCGCCCCCGAAGAGGCAGAGAGUCAGCUACGAACCUCGCCGGCAUGCAUCCCGAAAAGAGAUCGAAAAGAAGGAAGAGGACGACGCGAAGGCCGAAACAAAAAAGUGGUACAAAUGCAACACAGAGAGUAGCAAACUGAGACUGCUUCCGUACGAGAAGCAAUACCUGCGAACCAUGCGCGCCUUGAAGCGUGCAAAGGUCUCUUACGACCCACGCUCCAAGCGCAUGCCUGCUGACCCGAAAGCCCGCAUGCUCGCCCGUGCCGCCCAAUUAGCAUACGAAAACUACUACUUCGAGCGGCUCACGACGAAUGGCUGGUGUCGGAUAGUGGAGGGAGUGGCAAAAAAUACUCUCAGGGACAAGCUCCAUCGUCUGUAUAGGUCGCGGGUAGCUCGAUCUAGAUGGCGCACGGCGAGGUCGGUGGUGAGGGCGGGCGUGAAGAUGAUCCGCCAAGUCAAGGUGAAGGUGCCCCGGCCGCUUGAUGCGGAGGGAUCCCAACCGGUGGAGAGGGCAGGAUCACCCUCAUUGGAGGUGAAGGAUGGGUCUAAUCCAAUGAAACUAGAGGAGGCGUCCCGGGCCAAGGACGAAGAGGAAGCCCUAGUCAAGGUGAAGGAAGAGAGCUGCUCAGUCAAGUUGGAGUGA